ACUCCCCCGACUCCCUCCCCAUUAUUUCCCCCAUUGUUUCCACCGAGAGUGCUUAGAUUUCUAGGAGUGCAGUGGGUGCACAAACUGUGUUUUCUUCUUGAUCCAUGGAGGUUGAUUUCAAAGAAUUUAGAAGGAAAGACCUGCAAAGGCUAUGUAAGAAGCACGGACUGCGUGCGAAUGCCACAAAUUCUCAAAUGGCGGAUAGUCUUGCUUCCUUUUUCAGGAUGGUUGAGAAGAAUAAACAAGGUAAAGUUGUUUCGAAAGGUUGUGGGGGAAAUAGGAGCAGCAGAAUGGAGGGAGUGGAAGGGGAUGCUGAAAAGGUCGUCAUUGUUAUAGAUGAAGAUGAGGAUGAGCUUGGUUCUGUUCUACGAAGCGCAGAUAGGAAAUCUUCAUUAAAUAGUCGAAGGUCAAGUGAGAAGGACGAACAGAUGGAACCUCGCGGUGAAGGUCCCGGUGGGGCAAGUUUGAAAUUGAUUGAAGAAAAUGACGUCAUCGUUCUAGAUGAAGAGGAUGACGAACUUCGUCCUGUUUUAAAAAGCCCAGAUGGGAAGAAGAGUAGAAGGUCAAGUGGAAAGGUUGGCAAGGCAUGUGAAUCUGGUGGAAGUAAUGAAGAAAACCAAACUGCUGGUACUGUUACAAGUUCUAAGGAGGGCCUUUUAGCCGCAGGUAGAAUCACAAGGUCUCCGUCAAUGAAUUCAGAAGUCGCGCACUCUCCAUUUAUUAAGAAGGCGAAUGCGGGUCGACAAAAUGGCGAACCGGCUUUAGAUAGUUGCGAGGUUGAAGGUGACGAAGAUGUAACAAGGGAAGAAAAUUCGAGCGUAAUGAUUUCAGCUGGAGAUGUGGAAGUUAAAAGAAAAUGGAAUAACAGGAAUUCCUCUAUGAAGGUCAAUGAUGAAAUUGUGGUCUGUUUGCCUAAUGAAGUUUCCGUAACUGAGAAUUUGGUGGGUGAUGUGGUCCAUGAAAAACAUGUAGAUACUGUUAUGGGAUCUGACAUUACUUUCUCCAUUGACGGGGCGCAAGGAAGCCAGGGUCCUGAAACACGAAAUGAGGAAGACAUUGAAGAAAAUGAACUGUGUACUACUGGCAACUUGAUGGAAAUAGUUGCUGGAAGUGUUGGAACAAGGAGGAAAAAAAGAACAAGAGCAGGUUUGGCACAAGACAGCCCUGCUAGUGAACAAGAAAUUGAUGAGCUAGGAAGAGCCCAUCGUGAUGCAUUAUUGCAUAGAGACGAAAUUUUGGAACCAGAAGUUUGCUUUGGCUCAUCACAAAUACUUGGAAGUCCAUUGUCAUCCAACCCUUCUUCAUCUCCGCCGUGUUUGUUGUUAUCAGAAUUGCAUGGCAGACAAGAUGGACAACAUUUUCCUUCUACCGAUGUGUCGUUAAGCAAACAACCUGGUUCUUUGGAUAGAAACAAGGAUCUAGAGAUGGAAGAGUGUUUGGUCCGCAAAAAUUUCAUUAUUACUGAGAUUACAAUGGUGGACGUGGAUGAUAAAUUUUGUAGAAGACCAUCUACCUGUGAAUUGGAUCAUGCAUCAACAGAUGGAGAAGCAUCAAAACAAUCUUUAGCCACAGCAUUAGAUUCCUCACAAGGCCACCACAACAUCAAAGAGUGUUUUCGUUCAGUUUCUGCAAAUUUAGAAGAUGCCUGUAAUAAAUGUUCUAUUGCUCAAGCACACCAUAAUGAAUGUGGUGAAACUGAGGAUUCAAUGAAUAAUUUGAGUUUGUCAGGUCAGGAUUGUGAAACUGCUGAAUUUUCUCGUGAAGCUACAGGUUUUAAAGCGAGGGAAAAAUGUCAGAAUUUUGAGGAAGUUAGAGAUGUCGAGGAGGGAGAGAAAAUAAAGAAACUAUUUGAGGAUCAUGAGACCCAUAAAGAGAAGGAAAGUGGAAGCGAACGCCAAGACUUCAAUGCAGCUGCAAUAACUCCAAAUACAACUAUUGAGACUGAUUCAUCAAACCGACACAACAACCUUGAGCUGCAGGAGCUCAUCAUUUACAGGAAUUCGGAGGCCACCAUGAAUAUAUUUUCAGAUGAAAAAAUUGAUUCAUGCCACAGUCAAUUGUGUAGCUCUUUUAAGACUGGAUUUUCUGAAGCUAAACAACAACCAAAAGACUCACUAAGUUCAGGAAAAGCGAAAAUUGAUUUACAAAAAUUUGAGAGUUCUCAGAAGUUUCCUGACAGUCAAAGAGUAGCAGACACUAAUUCUGAACAGUUUUUGGCACCCUUUGAAUCUAUAGCCAUGGAAGAAGGAAUUCAUCAAAUCAUAGGCGGGGAAGCUAUUAAAUUGGAAGGCAGUGUUCAGAUAAUUCAAGACAAAUCGAACCAUGAUGGAGAGAGAUUAUGUGCUUCUGAAGAACAACCCCAACCAGUUGGACACGAUGAAGACUCAGAGGCCAAAUAUUUUGCAGGUGAUCCCCCAGCAAAAGUGGAUGAAGCCGCACCAUUAAGUAAACGUGUUGAUAAUUUAAUGGAGAAAUUGCUCUGUUUGACCAAAGUACUCCGAGGAGAAAUUGUUCCACUUUCAACAGCAUCUGCAGAUUUAUUAUCUCUGCCAUGUGAGGAAGCAAUAUCUUGCAAAGAAUCACCCGUCGCUGGUAAGAAAGAAAUGAAAUCGGUAGAAUCAUUUUCUUCCCAUGAACAAGAGAGCCAGAUUCUCAAUCCCGCAGUUCCUGUGCAUGAUGAUUGCGAACAGGAUAUUUCAAAAUUUGAAGUAAAUAUACCCAAAAAAACUGAUGAAGUUGCCAUUAUAAUUUCACCAGAUGCUUUACAAGCAAGCUCAGAAUUGGGGAAGUGUAUGAAAAGUUGCAAAAGAAAUAACACUGCUGCAGCUUCUCUUUACAAAUGUGAUUUUUAUAUUAAGCCUACUCUAGGGAAAACUUGCCAAGCUGUGAAUGGUAUGGAAUUCUUAGGGACUCGUCAGGGUGUUUUAGCUGAACCGGAAGAAGCCUUGCAAGACAAUAAGCUUGUUUCUCCCAGUAAUCCAAGUAGUUUUGAUUUGGAAGGCUUUUUAAAGAGCAAAUUAAACAAUAUAACUAACAGUCCUGAAAAAGAUAUCAACCAUUUUGGAAGUAAAUGCCUUUCUGAAACUUCAGAUUCUCACAGUUCUCCUACAAGUACACAAGCAGAUGCCAAAUAUAUAGUUGAUAUUUUAAAUGAAGAAGUAGUCAUUAGAGCUUCGUCAGAGGUUUUACAGGAAAACUUAGAAUUGUGGAAAUGCAUGGAAAGUUAUGAAAGUGAUUGUGCUCAUAAUCAGCCUGCUGAAGCAGAGUCCUGUGGAGCUGGUCGUAUGAAUGUUAUGGAUUUCUUAGAGCCUAAUCAGUUUGCUACAACUAAUCCUAAACCAGUCCUGGAGAAGAUAAAGUCUGUUUCUCCCAGUAAACGAAGUAGUUUUCACUUAGAAGAUGACAGAAAUUCUUGUUCCAGUUGCUUUUCUAAGAAGAUCAAGUUAAACAAUGACAAUGUAACUAACAGCCCCGGUAAAUAUAUUCAACAUUUUGGAUCUCAAUGCCACUCUAAAUCUCUAAAUGGUCACAGCUCCCUUCCAAAUAAACAAGCAUAUGCUAAACAUUCAUUUGAUAUAUUAGAUGUAGAAUCCCAGGAAGGCUCCAUCCUAGGAGCUCAUAACCUUGUUGAUGCUGUUCCUUCUGAAGUCAAAGCAUCAUUCGGAAACAGUUCUAAAGAUCCAGUUAAGGAGAUCAGCCGCAACUUCUGUGUCUCCAGCUCACGAAAAGCUGCUAAGCCUAAAACUUCUAAUACACCAAUAACAAAUUCUGCUAGGUUUUCUUCUGCCGGUCUUAUGAGGGACAAGGAGAACACACAAAGUACAAAGAUGAAGUACUCUUCCAAGCGCAAAAUAAUGAACUCAGUCUCAACCGGCCCUAUCCGAAAACCUCUACGAAGUGUCAUCAAUCAACUGAUUGAAUAACCAUAUUUCUACACUUAUCAAGCUUCAAAGAGAAUCUAUACAAUAGUGUACUAAUUUGUGUUAAGAAUUUACAACGUAAUGUUGUUUGUAUGAUGAUUAUUAUUUCCCACGAGUUAUGAUUUGAGA